GACACCACUCAACUGGAUGUCCGGUAUACAUUUCUCGAUGCCUCCUAGUAUACAACAUUAUCAGCAGGAAUCCGGCCGUUGUGGUCGCGAUGGUAGACCAGCGAUUUCAAUACUGAUGGCCUCGCCAUUCGACAUAUGUCGUCAGAGUGUGAUGGUUUAUUGGAAGCCUAACGCCCUUCAGGAGCUCUAUGUGAUGGCCGAGUACGCCUUCUCGACGACUCGGUGUAGGAGAGGGUAUCUUGCGGCUCAUAUGGGAGAUGCUGAAUGCCCAUCUUGUGAUG